GCCGGCUAGAGCGGCGAGGGUUACCGGCAUUCGUCUGUUGGGCCGGAUGGGUGUGGGGCGCGCAUGUUAGAUACGAAAAUGAAAGUCCUUCUUCUUGUUGCCCUCUUCUCGCUCGCGCGCAGCGAAGUAUUUUUUCAGGACAAAUUCGCCGACGGAGAUGAAUGGGAGAGCCGAUGGGUGCUGUCGGAACACUCCAAGGACAAUGGCAAAUUUUUGCUAAGUGCUGGGAAAUACUUCUCAGACAAAGAAGAGGACAAAGGGCUCAAAACAUCAGAAGAUGCCAAGUUCUAUGCAAUUUCUGCAAAGUUCCCAGCAGUGUCCAACAAAGACAAGACAUUUGUUGCCCAGCUGUCUGUGAAGCAUGAACAGAAUAUUGAUUGUGGUGGAGGAUACAUCAAGCUGUUCCCCAGCUCUCUUGACCAAAAGGACAUGCAUGGAGAAUCUCCCUAUGCUAUCAUGUUUGGCCCUGACAUUUGUGGUCCAGGCACCAAGAAAGUGCAUGUCAUCUUCAAUUAUAAUGGCAAGAAUCACCUGAUCAAGAAAGAUAUCCGUUGCAAAGAUGAUGUAUACACGCAUGUGUACACCCUCAUUCUCAAGUCUGACAAUACCUACGAGGUGCUCAUUGACAAUGAGAAAGUGGAAUCUGGUGACCUGGAGGGUGAUUGGGACAUGCUCCCACCGAAGACCAUCAAGGAUCCAGAGGCCAAGAAGCCCGAAGACUGGGAUGACCGCGAGAAGAUCGAUGACCCAGAGGACAAGAAGCCGGAGGACUGGGACCAGCCAGAGCACAUCCCUGACCCGGAUGCCACCAAGCCUGAGGAUUGGAACGAAGACAUGGAUGGCGAGUGGGAACCUCCGAUGAUUGACAACCCCGAUUACAAGGGCGAGUGGAAGCCGCGCCAGAUCGACAACCCGGAGUACAAGGGCAAGUGGGUGCACCCCAUGAUCGACAACCCCGAGUACGAGGCGGAUGACACUCUGUACCUGUAUGAGGACAUCGGCGUGGUGGGUCUCGACCUGUGGCAGGUCAAGUCGGGCACCAUCUUCGACAAUCUGCUCAUCACCGACGACGUCGAGGCGGCCAAGGCUGAUGCUGAGGCAGUGCUGAAGCGGGUGGAAGGUGAGAAGAAGAUGAAGGAGGCCGAGGAGGAGGAGGAGCGUCAGCGGCUGAAGGAGGAAGCUGACAAGGCAAAGGACGAAGAAGGUGAUGAGGAUGAGGAUGAAGAGGACGAGGAGGAUGACGACAAGAAGUUGGAUGACGAGGAUGAUGUGCUUGAGGCGCAUGACGAGCUGUAAAGCAGUGUUCUAGUGCAAACUGUCAUAUUUAAACCGUGAUAUAUUGUCCUCGUGUGGAGCUUCACUGUUGUCGGGGCAUCCCCGGCGUUGCACGCCUCCAGGUCUUGAUGUUCAGGAAUACGAGGGCAGCCAGCUGACAUUGAGAGAUAAGCAUGUUGUUAUGGCUGCAGUGAGCAUCUUGUAUGAAAGUGGAGGCAUAGUGGUGAAAAACUGGUGCGUGCGUGAAGCAUUCUCAUGUCUUGUCCCUUUGGGUGGGCGGGAUUUUAAUUGGGGGUCUCGCGCCGCUGUGACAUUUCGCGUCUGCAUGUGAACGAAGUACGCGGGGCGCGCAAACUGCACGUUUUUUGUGUUGUGGAGUAUUCUUGUUUUAUUAUUCACAAUAGUGACUGUUCCACCUGUGUCCGAAGGAAAACAUUUCAGUUACUCCAGAGAUUUGUUCGCUGCGUGCUCAAUACAGGAAUUGUGUUGGUG